AUGACCGCAGAUGAGACAGAUUAGAGAAAUCAUAAAAUUUCAUUACCAUCAUUAGUAAACAUGAGAAAGGCAGAAUUUAAUUCUAUGGAGAAUAGUAAUUAUGGAAUUAAAUUAGUCGAAUAACCGAUCUCAAUACUCAAUUAAGGGAAUGGGUAACGAAUUCCAAAUCGGUUACCUAAACUGGAAAAUAGAAAUGAAAUUUCUAAAUCUAAAUAUGAAAUUUAAUUGAACCAAACUCCAAGAGAUGAGGAGCAGAAGAAACAAAAGCAGAAACAAAAGAAAACGUCAUUUACACCUGAAUAAAGAAUAUCUGAAAGUCCUGAAAAGAAUAUCACUUAUCAUAAAAAGAAAGGAGGAGCAAAAUAAUGGCAAGGAUUUAAAUUUGUUCAUAAAACUAAAGCUGGUUGCUAAGUCAAUAAAUAAACAAAGACAAAUCAAGAUGCAGCCAUUGUCUUUCCAUCUAAUAUUGAGAGUUAAAAUUGUGGGUUAAUUGGAAUUUGUGAUGGCCACGGAGUAAAUGGACAUUUUGUCUCAGAUAUUAUCAAAUAAAGAUUACCAAUCUAUUUGGAGUUCUAAUUAUAAUCAUAAAAUCCAGAUAUGGAAGAAUGCUUUAAAAAUGCCUUUGAAUUAACAAAUUCAGAGAUUCUUUAAAGUUCAUUUGAUACAGCACUCUCUGGGUCGACUACAGUCAUAGCUAUGAUUCAAUAAAACUAAUUAUGGACAGCCAAUGUUGGGGAUUCCAGAGCUAUAUUGUGUAGAAAUUGCAAUGGUUGGAGAUCAAUACCAAUAACAAGAGAUCAUAAACCAUCAGAUGAGUCUGAAAAGCAAAGAAUUCUUUAAGCUGGUGGGAGGAUUCAAACUUCAAGAGGUGAUCUAAAAAUAAUGAGAUAUUAUAUAGAUUUCUUUGGAAAUAAUGUGGGUCCAGAAAGAGUUUGGCUCUCUUACAUUGAUGCUCCUGGUUUGGCCAUGACUAGAAGUAUGGGAGAUAAAAUAGGAGCAUAGGCUGGAGUCAGUAGCAUUCCUGAAGUAUUUCAAUUCACCUUGUCACAAAAUGAUAAAUUCCUAGUUAUUGCUUCUGAUGGAGUAUGGGAGUAUUUAUCAAAUGAGGAAGUCAUGAAUAUCGUGGUUCCUUAUUAUGAGAAGGGAGAACUUGACUAGGCAGGGGAGAAAUUAAUGAUGGAAGCGAUUAACUCUUGGAAGUUGAACAGUCCUGGAAGAGAUGAUAUAACUUUUAUUAUUGUAUAAUUAAAUAAUUGA